AUGAAAACUCGAAACAAACCUAAAUCACUAGUCGACCCUACAGUGUUAACUCAACUCAAGCCUCCCUCCCUAGCGUUUAGCGCAGUCCCCUCACCUCGACGGCAAAUGGCGGAUUUGAUCCCGCGCCUGCAGGCCUAUCUUACCGCUGCAAGUCGCGAUUCAGCCCUCGCCCAGCGGCUGAGCAAUAUGACGACGAUGCUUUCAAGUAUUCGCAUCCGUGAUGGAAUGGUUGCCACUAAGCAUUUUGUGUGCAACCUAGACGCCGUGUCGCUCAUGCUUCUCACUGUCACCCUCGUCGCCUUCCUUGUACCCAUCCUGAUCCUCUUCCCUCCCGUUCCCGUGGAUCGCAGCGAUGUCCUCCGGCAGACCCACUCGCGGGCCGGCGUGGUCCUCCGAGACAUGGACAUCGGCCCUGACAGAUCGCCGGAUCCCCGGCUCCCCGGGGCAGAGCCAGAAGGGAAGGGGGCCGUUGCACAGAGUCUGCUUAUUUUCCCUGUUCAGUCAUGUUGUGGAAUUGAGCUAGAGCGCGACGGGGCCUCAUCCAAGCACUCAGAGUUUGAUCGUUUGUAUACGCUUGCUCAACAAGACCCCGUAGUUGGUCGGGACGGUGUUGUUUGGCAAGCUAUCUCACGCGAAGACUUCCCGUCGCUAGCCAAUAUCGAAGUUGACCUCUGGAUUCCUGAUCCAAACAAGACUAGCCGUCUCUUGGGUCAUAUUGAAGGAUCCUUUCUUGUCUUGAGGUUGCCCUGGACAGAUUCAGGACUACAGGGUAUUUUGCAACAAGUCUCGGCCAAAAUCAGCCACGGACCCAAAGCUAGACCUGAGAAGGAAUUCUUGUUGCCAGUGUCAUUCCCAAAUGAGGAAGAAAUUCGAGCAAGAGGUUAUUCAUUUGCUGAAGUCAGGAUUGGAGCAAAGAAUGUUAUGGGUUUGAACAUGGAUGUUGAACUUCCUGCCGAGCUGGCUCAGUAUCUUGGAGCUGAGCAGAAAAUCGGGAUCUUUAGGGUAGAUCAACUAUAG